CGUCGAGUCUGCCUAAUGCAAAGAAGAAAGACAGAAAAAAAGAAAAGAAAAGGGUUGUUGGGGCUGGCUGUCUUGAGUUCCUGUCGACGACUUUCUCUGAGUGGGAGCAGUCGCUAAAAACAGGGAGAUUAAUACACGCCGAGUGGAAAGCAACCGAGCCAGUCUGCUGUCCACCUCUCACACCAGUCGAGGUUAACGUUGAACCAAAAAAAGCAGUCCCAGCUGUGUGGAGUCAUCGCUGAAAUGGACCCCGCCAGUCAAGAUAUAAACCUGAACUCUCCUAACAAGGGCCUCGUUGUGGAUCAUUCAGACAGCUUGUCCGACGUGCCGGUUGAGGGGGCAGCGGAGGGGGCGGUGGGCAACGCAGCCAACCCUCUCCCACCGGGCCUGACGGAGGAAGAGGCUGAGGAGCUCCGCACAGAGCUCACCAAGGUGGAGGAGGAGAUCAACACCCUGCGUCAGGUUUUGUCAGCCAAAGAGAGACACGCCACAGAGCUGAAGAGGAAACUGGGCCUCAGCCCGCUCACCGAACUCAAGCAGAACCUCACCAAGAGCUGGCAAGACGUACAGACCUCCAACGCCUAUUUGAGAACCACUGAGAAACUGGGCGAGUGGAAUGAGAGAGUUACCAGCUUGGAUCUAUACAAGAAGACUCAGGAGACUCUCUCCCAGGCGGGACAGAAGACGAGUGCAGCUCUCACCACCGUGGGCACGGUCAUCAGCAAGAGACUGGGCGACAUGAGAGCUCUACCUUUCUCUAAUUCCUUUAGUAGCAACUAUUCCAUUCGCCACUCGAUAAGUAUGCCCGCCAUGAGGAACUCUGCAACCUUCAAGUCCUUUGAGGAUAAAGUGGGGAACCUGAAGGUAGGCCUGUAGGGCUGCAGCCGUAGGCCUUGCUGUGACUCUUUCUGCCUCCAUGUCAUAUACAAGGUCGUGGGCCCCAAAGGGAACGGAGAGGCCGUCACCUCCCCCACCGACACCACCCCCACUCAGGAGAACCCGCCUUUCUGAACGCAUCCCCCACCCCCCCCCUCCUCCUCCUCCUCCUCCUCGCCGCCACCUUCCUCAUGACCUGAGACUGUACUGUUAUCGCCUCACGGACUUGCCACCACUCAGUUGCCCCCCCGAGGUCUGUAGACCCCAGAUAGGGUGGGGGGGUGAAGGACUCGUGGGUUUGGGGUCUCGCCGCUGCUCCCACGGCCUCCACUCCUCUGCCUCGCUGUCCAGGAAAAAGGAAAAAAUGUUUUGUUGAUGUCUAAACCUGAAUAAUUUACAGACCCCCCCCCCUCUCGUUAGUCCAAAUGAGUCGACCGUUGUCUUGUGCACUCUUCACAUGCCUUCCUUUAAGCAGGGGGUUACUGUUUUCAGCCAAUCGCCUGGCUAAAGAGAAGGCUAAAAGGCAUUAUUAAGAAGUCUAAAUGACAGUUUUCACAUUUAAUUCUGGGAUGGGGUGUUUGUUGCAUCACAAAGUAACUCAGCAGGUGCAUAUCUUUUUUUUUUUUUUUUUUUUUUGGGGCCCCAACUCCCGAGUUUAGGGAGCAGGAUGUCUGCAGACCCAGGGCGAAGGAGCAUUUCACGGGCAUAAAUGAGCAAGGUGGUGGUCUAUAACUACUACUAUUUCUGGCUUCUUGUUUGUCUGACUGCUGUCAUGUACUCAAACGAUGCGUUGGCACCGUGACCACAUACUAGUGUCACCACCGUAUGCCCAGUUUUCCCCUCAAACGUGUACAGAGUUCUCUCCACAGCUCAGCGGAUGGCCGCCGUGUGAACGCAGGUUAGAGGUUAGUGGUUUGACUGGGAGGGGAGGGGAGGGGGGGGCAGCACAUCUCUACCCCUCUUAGACCUUCUACUGCUACAUGCAUGUGCAUAUCUCAUCUCAGUUGUACCAUACCGACCAUGCAAAGAAGACCCGAGGUCUAAAAAGGAACGGGAGAAAAACAACCCUCAACCCAUUUUGUAUUACAAACUAUUUUACACUGCUUUGCAUAAUGUUUUUACAUAACUUUUA